GUGCUAGUUGUAAUGUGGUGAUCAACGAAAUACUUGCUUUUAUCUGUAAUAAGAUAGAUGUGAUGGAUGAAGAAAGUAUAAGCCGAAUCUGUGUCAGUGCUUUCUCGGAAAAUGAUAUUCUGAAAGCCAAAAACUUGUUGUUCGAUUCCGUUACGACAACAAAGCAAAAGAAGAUACGGAAAAAACAAGGCAAAACAAUACGUAAUAUCGACGAUAUAGUAUGCCUAUUGAAAGAGACUGACCCUGAGGAUAUUCCUAUUUUUGUGGCACGGGACCUGCAGAAGUUACCUCCAGUACUUUUUGACCAUGUAGAUGUAACUAGGAUACUGAAGGAUAUUGUAAAAAUGAGAAGUGACUUAGACCGUAUUUGCGAAGAAUAUGCUACAUUGGAACAGAUGAAGAACCUGCGGGUGGAGGUAGAAUCUCUAAAAAACGCGUCCAUAGUAAAUAAUUUCCAACGAAAUGUCAAUACCAAAAGGGGUGCUGCCUCCAUGCUAUCUAGUUUUGAGUAUGAAAGCGGACCCAUGGGUUUGUCCCCUCUGUGUAAUGCACCAGUAGCUCGCAGAAAAAGUCCAACAGUCUCUCCUGCAAAAAAACGCAUAACUUUUUCUGAUGAGGGUACAUUGAAAACUACUCCGUGCCGGGAGCCCAACAGUUUACAUUCCGAUGGAGCGCUCAAAACAGCUGACACUAACACGUCAUCGGAACGCGCGCCCCCCGCCGCCACCGCUGCCUCAACUACAAAGGAUUCCUCACAAAAAAGUUUUUCCCAAAUUUUAAGUGACUCGGAAGGCGAGUUUAGGUCACAACCUUUGGACGACGGCUUUAUACUGGUUCAAAGAAAGAGGUUGAGAAACCGUUUCCAAGGUAAAGUUGGAAAGGGUAACGUAGAUAUAACUUCGAACUUCAGGGCCGCCGACGUCAAGGUUCCGAUAUAUAUCUACAAUGUAUCAAAGGAAACAUCCACGAGUGACAUUAAGAAAUACGUUACAAGUAAAAUAAACAUAGACAUUGACCUUCAAAAAAUGAAUAUGAAAAUUGCGAAGGACUACAAUGCUUAUAAAAUAUUUGUACCCAAAAAUAAGCUCAACGUAUUUCUGAGGGAUGAUUUUUGGCCAAGUGGAGUGAUGUUUCGUCGAUUUGUUGACUUUUCUCACAACUCUGUGGUACGUGAAUAUCGGGAUAUUGAUAAAACUAAGCUAACAUAAUAGAUAUACCUACCAAACUAAUAUCGUUUAAUUGUAAAAAUAUCUCGAGGUCAAUCGAAUGUGUGAGAAGACUUUGUAACCAAGCAGACAUCAUUGCGCUGCAGGAAACGUGGCUAUUGCAGCACGAUAUCCCUAUGCUGGGCAACAUUGAUGGUGCAUUCGCCUUCACUGGAAAGUCGGCGGUAGACCUGUCUACGGGUGUGCUUCGCGGCAGACCGUACGGGGGUGUGGCCCUAUUGUGGCGAUCAGCUGUGUUCCCGAAGGUGGUCGUUAUUCCGUGCAGUAGUGUGCGUAUCGCUGCUAUAAAAAUUAUGCGUGAAAACCGGUCUUUGUUGGUGAUAACAGUGUACAUGCCUACUAAUUCAAAUGAUAAUCUAUGUGAAUUUACGGAGUGCUUAAGUGAACUAAACGCCAUUAUUGAAGGUAACGAUGUUAACUCAGUGAUUAUACUUGGGGACUUCAACGCUCAUCCGGGUAAGCUGUUUCAUUCAGAGUUGUUAUCAUUUUGCACGGAACAAUCUUGGUCGUGCGUAGAUACGGAACUUUUACCUAAUGACACUUAUACGUAUGUGUGCGGUGCGAGUGGCAGCCACAGCUGGCUCGAUCAUUGUGUGGUGACGACCGCUGCGCGUUCGGCCAUAUUAAGUGCGUCUGUACUUAACAGCGAUGUAUAUUGGUCCGAUCAUUAUCCGCUAUUGCUUGUUUGUAAUUUUAAUGCUAUCCGCUCAAGUUGCCAACAGCCGACAAAAACAAGUAAUAUAUCUCGCAAUAGUGUAAAAUGGGGAGAAAGAAAUACAAAUCAAAUAGACAAAUAUCAUCGUAUUUGUAAUUCUAAAUUAAAGUUAAUUGACUUUCCCCCGGAAUUUCAAUGUUGUGCUGACGGUAUGUGUAAUAUUGACGAGCAUAAAUUUUUAUUAGAUGACAUGUAUAAUAAGAUAAUUAAUAUUUUGACGAGGGCUGCAAAAGCUAGCUAUUCUUUGCCUAAACGUAACAACUAUAGGUAUGUUACUGGCUGGAACCGGUAUGUCAGUGACGCUCACAGGAGGGCUCGAUUUUGUUUUCAGACGUGGGUGUCCGCUGGGAAACCAAAGUCUGGUGAUUUAUAUAUUAGGAUGUGUGAAUCCAGAAAAAUGUUUAAAUCAAGGUUGGCUUCUUGUCAGAAAAAUGAAAAACAAAUAAAAAUGAAUAUUAUAGCAGAAAACCAUUUUAAUAAAGACUUUAGUAGUUUUUGGAAAAACACUAAAAAGCUAAGCCCGGGGUCGGGCCUUCCUGCUAGCGUUGGUGGUGAGCAUGACCCCCAUGAUAUAGCUUGUGCGUUCCGGCGGCAUUUCAGGGUUGAGUCCCCGCUCGGGCCGGCGUCUGGGGUGCCCGCUGCUGAGAAUCUCAUCACCGCAAUUAGUGUACGAUGUAAUGCGAAGACAAUUGCUAAUAUUAUUAAUAAAAUGGUGAGGGGCAAGUCUCCUGGUCACGAUGAUCUCAGCAUCGAGCACCUUAAGUAUGCGGGAAUACACCUGCCUAGAGUUCUCUCGAUGUUCUUCAGCCUCUGUAUUGGUCACAGUUACUUACCCGAGAGACUUAUGUACACUACCGUGGUGCCGAUCCUUAAGAAUAAAACAGGUGACUCAUCGGAUCUGUCAAAUUAUAGACCUAUCUCUCUGGCUACUGUUAUAGCAAAGGUGCUGGACAGUUUGCUUGAUAAACAGUUGGAAGAGCAUCUACAAUUACACGACGCCCAGUUUGGGUUUAGACCAGGACUUUCAACUGAGGAUGCUAUCCUCUGCCUCAAGCAGACUGUUCAGUAUUAUACUGAUCGUGGCACACCUGUCUAUGCAUGUUACCUUGAUUUAUCAAAAGCUUUUGACUUGGUGUGUUACGACAAGCUGUGGCAGAAGCUGGAGAGUGACACGGAGGUACCUCGGGAGGUGAUUUCAUUGCUGAGGUUCUGGUACGCCAAUCAGCGCAACAGAGUGAGAUGGGCUGGUGCACAUUCUGAUGUAUACGGUUUGGAAUGCGGAGUUAGGCAGGGGGGAAUUAGCUCCCCUCAUCUCUUUAAUUUGUACAUGAACCGGCUCAUCGGUGAGCUCAGUAACACUGGUAUCGGAUGUUCCAUAGACGGAGUCAGUAUAAAUAACAUAAGCUACGCCGAUGAUAUGGUGUUACUGAGCCCAUCGAUUGCAGCGUUACGGAAAUUGAUGUGCAUCUGCCAAUCAUACGCGGAAGCCCAUGGGCUCAGAUACAACGCGAAUAAGAGUGAGUUCAUGGUGUUCAAGUCACGUAGCAAAUGCUACUCCCAUGUUCCUCAUGUAACUCUGUGCGGCAUGCGUCUAAAAAAGGUUAGUGCCUUUAAGUAUCUGGGUCACUGGGUGACUGAAGACUUGUGUGACAAUGAGGACAUCGAGAGGGAACGCAGGGCUCUGUCCAUCCGGUGUAAUAUGUUGGCUCGCAGGUUUGCACGUUGUACUACUCAAGUAAAGAUAACAUUAUUCAAGGCGUACUGCCAGACCUUUUACACGUGCAGCUUGUGGACUAAUUUUGCGCUGCGGGGGUACAGUGCACUGCGAGUGCAGUAUAACAAUGCGUUUAGGAUAUUAUUGGGGCUGCCACGUUUUUGUAGUGCUUCCGCUAUGUUUGCUGAGGCGCAAACUGAUGAUUUUUUCGCCAUAAUCAGGAAAAGGUGCGCCUCGCUGUUAAGGCGUGUGCGUGGCAGCCCGAAUGGUAUUCUGAGCACAUUGUCCCAGCGGUGGGACUCACCAAUGUUGAUGAGGUGGAUGCGAUUGCACGCGAGCGGUCCCUCAUAUUUAUAAUUGACAUAACUAUAUUAUUUACUUGUAUUAUUAUCUAUUGACUAGUAUUUUUAUUGACUUAUAUUAUU